UAAUGUAUAUUUCAACCGUGAUAAUAAUAUCUUAUUUUUUUAUAGUACUCUAAGGUCCUUGAUUAUAAGUUAAAAAAAUAUACCUAUUUAAACGUUAAUCCCAAUACUCGUAUUAGAAUAAGUUAAUUCCUUGCAUAUUUUCGUUUUUGUUUUUCAAUAUUCCACAGUUUUAAGGUACUUUGUAAUAAUAAUGUUACUGGCUUUAAACGUUUAAACAUUCAUAUUUACAAAACUUGAAACGACUAUUGGAUGAGGAGUGAAUACAGCGAACAACAAUAAUAAUAAUUAUAAUACCACCUCCUCGCAUACCAGCGCAGUUAUUCAUCUCUCAGACCGAUGAAUUUUUCUAAAAUAUUGCAUGAGUUGUCUGAAUACCUACCUACCUAUAUUUGAUCUGUACACGGUGAUCAUAUAGUACCAUUCACUUUCUGAGGUUUAUUUUGUCGUUGCGUUCAAUGAUAAUUUGAUUUUAUUGAGUUGGAACAGUUGAAUGACAGUUGCACAUAAUCAUUUCUGGACGUAUAUCACCGUAAACAACGAUGUCUAAUAAAAAUAUGCAGUUGUUAAAACACGUCGCAGUGGCCGCUGUAUCCAGUAAGUACGUGUCCGAGGUAGUAGGACUGAUCAGCCUCAGUCUGGCUUCGAUAGUUAUCAAUGAGACGAUAGAACUUGUUAAAUUGUACUUUUGGCGCAACUACGUCACCGAGCUCGAAGUUUCCAACAAUGACAAGUGUUACCCUUGGCUACUGCAAUGGAUUUCCAAGUACAAUCAACACUUACUGCACUUCAGUGUCAACACUACCUGUCGGAACACGGAGUCCGGACACAUGACAUCGAAGUUCGACUACAAGCCAAGUUCCGGCGAACACAUGUUCAAGUACAAAGGUCAUACAAUACGCGUAAAACUUGAUCGCAGCUCGAUGUUAUCUCCUGACUAUGGUUAUAAACCGUAUGAAACGCUUUAUUUAUCUACUUUGGGUCGAAACAGACAAGUGCUGAAAGAUAUCUUGGAAGAGGCCAAAUUGCACGCCAUGUCUCUUAUGGAGUCGGGAACCACUUUAAUGGUACCCUCAUACGAUACGUGGCAAAACUUUGGAGAGCCCCGCAUUCCGCGGUCAAUGACGUCCGUUAUACUAGACGAGGGUGUGAUUGAAAACAUACUAAAGGAUAUCCAUGACUUUGUGAACGACCAAUCAUGGUACUUAGAAAGGGGAAUACCAUACCGUAGGGGUUACCUGCUUUAUGGGCCGCCAGGUUGUGGCAAGACAUCUAUGAUCAUGGCAUUGGCUGGCGAGAUCAAGUACAGCUUGUGCGUGUUAAGCCUGAACGACUCAAAAAUGUCUGACGAUCAACUAGUUCAAUUAAUGGGAGAAGUACCAUCUAAAUCAUUUGUGCUCCUGGAAGAUAUCGACGCGAUGUUCGCCAACAGAGAUGGGGAAACAGUCAUAGCCAAAGAAGGCAGUACUAAAGUGACGUUGAGCGGAUUACUAAAUGCUUUGGAUGGUGUUGUAUCAUCCGAAGGCAGAAUACUAUUUAUGACUACCAACUAUGUCGACAGAUUGGAUUCUGCACUGAUUCGAUCUGGCCGAGUGGAUUACAAACAGUAUAUUGGAACAUGUUCAGAUUAUCAACUCUCAAAAAUGUUCAUUAGGUUUCGUCCAGAAGGUACAGAAGACGACAAGAAUAAAUUUGUAAAAGAUGUCAGAAAAUAUGACAAACCAGUCGUCCCAGCUCACUUACAAGAAUUUUUUUUGUUACAUCGGCACAAAGAACUAAAUUAUGUGUUUGAACAUAUAAACGAUUUAUGGCAGAACGUACAAGACAUUCAAUUAACAGAAAAAAUACUAAGUACAUAAAAAACCAAUGUUCAGUCGAAUAGCAAUUUUUGAGCACAAUAAAAGAAAGUGUCAUGAAUAUUUAAAGUGUUAGAAAAAGAAUAACAAAAAUUAAUUAACAUGAAAAAAAAAACAAAAAAGUUUAUACGUUCAUUAUCUUUUGGGAUCAAUUGAGUAUAAUGCUAUUGUUCCGUCCAUAGCCCCAGUAGAAAGUAGCACUUUCUGGGGGUGAAACUUGGUAGUCAUUAAUGGUGAAUAACGUGUACUCAUAAACCAGUCUGUCAACUUCAAAGAAUUCAACAACUGACCCUCUGUGUUGUAGAAUAAUAACAUCUGAUUUAUACUACUGCUAAAAAUAAAAUAAAAUAACUUAAAAUAUA